AUGUCUAGAUUGGUACAUAUGAAGAUGGGGAAAGAUUAUUACAAAAUAUUGGGAAUAGCUAAAAAUGCCUCAGAAGAUGAAAUCAAGAAGUCUUACAGAAAAUUAGCCCUGAAGUAUCAUCCAGAUAAAAAUAAAGCUCCAGGGGCAGAAGAACGGUUCAAGGAGAUAGCUGAAGCUUAUGAGGUGCUCAGUGAUAAGAAGAAGAGAGAGGUGUAUGAUCAAUAUGGAGAAGAAGGAUUGAAAGGUGGGAUCCCAGGAGGAGGUAGUGGACAAGGAUUUCAAUACACAUUCCAUGGAGAUCCCAGGGCAACAUUUGCCCAGUUCUUUGGCACCUCCAAUCCCUUUGAGACCUUCUUUAGUAUGGGUGGUCCAGGUCGAGGGUUUUUUGGAGAUUCUGAUGAUGUGGAAAUGGAUGAUCCUUUCAUCAGCCUUGGUUUUGGUGGACCUCGUGGUGUCGGUGGUGGGGUUCCCUUCCGAUCCCAUUCAUUCACAACUGGAAGUCCAAGCAUGGGCCGAGCUAAGCCUAAGAGUCAAGAUCCCCCCAUUGAACAUGACCUAUAUGUUGCCCUUGAGGACAUUUAUAAAGGCUGUGUGAAGAAGAUGAAGAUCAGCCGGAAAGUGACUGGGGUGGAUGGAAGUUCAAGGCGGGAAGAUAAGGUCCUCACCAUCACCAUCAAACCAGGCUGGAAAUCUGGCACAAAGAUCACCUUUCAACGAGAAGGAGACCAAGCUCCUCAUAAGAUCCCUGCUGAUAUUGUCUUCAUCAUUCGGGAUAAACCCCAUCCCCUCUUCAAACGAGAGGGGAGUGACAUCAGAUACACUGCCAAAAUAUCACUCCGAGAGGCGCUCUGCGGGACGUUGGUGGAGGUGCCGACUCUAUCGGGUGAGAAGAUCCCGAUGGACUUCACGGAAGGGAUCAUCAAGCCGAACACGACGAGGAGGAUCCCUUCCCAAGGAUUACCCAUGCCGAAGGAGCCAAAUAGGAGGGGGGACCUCAUACUUGCCUUCGACAUCCAUUUCCCCGACCACCUCCCAAAAACCACUCGAGAAAUCCUUCGAGAUGCUCUUCCCAAGUGAAUGAACGAACGAAUGAAUCUUUCGCAGCUCACUCUUUCUCUUCGUUGCCUUCAUACCUCUUUCUCGUUCGUUCUUGAUUUUUCCUUUCUCACCCACUCGAGAAUAAUCAACAUCAAUCAGCAUGCUAAUGCAAAGGGGGAAGUGUAUGCGUGAGAAGCCUGGAUGGUAUACCAUAACUUAUUAUUGCUGCAUCUCUAUCCCCGCUGUCUUUUCUUUUUUCAAUGUCUAUCCGCUUCUAAGUUUGCUUCAGAAAACCAUCUUGUGCUUAAUAAAUGGAUAUUCCCA